UUUCCAAAUCGCAUCGUCAUCCUACACGCGAACCACGCCUCCGACCCGAUUCACCAGGAGCGAGUCCCUCUCCGGGCAGCAGCAGAUGGGGGCGACGGGCGACUCGGAAGUGGCGGCGGCGGAAGGGGCGGCGGCGGGGUGCCGCGCGCGGGCGGCGCUGCUGGGCGCGUACGAGCUGGGCCGCACGCUCGGGGAAGGCAACUUCGGCAAGGUGAAGCAGGCGCGGCACCGCGCCACCGGGGAGCACUUCGCCGUGAAGAUCCUGGACCGCGGCAGGGUGCUCUCCCUCCGCGGCGCCGACGACCAGGUCCGCAGGGAGAUCGCCACGCUCACCAUGCUCGCGCACCCCAACGUCGUCCGCCUCCACGAGGUUGCUGCUAGCAAAACAAAGAUCUAUAUGGUGCUUGAGUUUGUCAAUGGAGGCGAACUUUUUGACAGGAUUGCAAUAAAGAGAAAGCUAUCUGAACGAGAAGGAAGGAGGCUUUUCCAGCAGCUAAUUGAUGGUGUGAGCUAUUGCCAUGGAAAGGGUGUCUACCACAGGGACCUCAAGCCUGAAAACGUUCUUAUUGACCGGAAAGGCAACAUCAAGAUCUCUGAUUUUGGUCUCAGUGCUUUACCCCAACAUCUCGGAAAUGAUGGAUUGCUGCAUACAACCUGUGGUAGCCCCAACUAUAUUGCUCCUGAGGUUCUGCAGAACAGAGGUUACGACGGAUCAUUGUCGGAUAUCUGGUCUUGUGGAGUAAUUCUUUACAUAAUGCUCGUAGGACACCUACCAUUUGAUGACCGAAAUAUGGUUGUUCUUUAUCAGAAGAUUUUCAAGGGUGACGCUCAGAUCCCGGAGUGGCUUUCUCCCAGUGCACAAAACCUUCUUCGGAGGAUUCUUGAACCAAAUCCGAGGAAGAGGAUUAACAUGGCAGAGAUCAAAAUGCACGAAUGGUUUCAGAAGGACUAUAUUCCUGUUGCUCCAUAUGAUGAUGAUGAUGAAGAUGUACGGCUUGGUGCAAUUCUACCUAUCAAACAGCAAAUUAGUGAAGCACCCGGCGACAAGAGUACUCAUCAGAUGAACGCUUUUCAGCUGAUCGGAAUGGCAUCUUCCCUUGAUCUUUCAGGUUUAUUUGAGGAAGAGGGAGUGUCCCAGAGAAAGAUCAGGUUCACAUCAGCACAUCCACCGAAGGAUUUGUUCGACAAGAUUGAAGUGUCCGCGACGCAGUCAGGGUUCCAUGUUCAGAGAGCACAUAGCAAGCUCAAAAUAACGGGCAAUUGCAAUGGACCGAACAACCCCACACCAUUCUUAGUCUGUGCCGAGGUUUUUGUGCUUGGCCCCUCUCUGCAUGUUGUGGAGCUUAGGAAGUCCCAUGGUGACACUGCAGU